UACUUCCGGACACUGACGGCUCUCCUCCUCCUCCUCCUCCUCGUCCUCCUCCAGAUGCCCACACGGACUCACAAGGACGGGCUCCAUCCUGCGUGACGCCUUCAGGGACCUUGCUCUUUCUCCAGCCUCUCCCCGGUUCUUUGGGCUCCGUCCUCCGAGACGUCCACCGGGGCUUCUCCUCUGUCCGAUGGCCGCCUCCACCAGCAGCGUCCCCCCGCCGCCGCCGCCGCCGCCUCCGUCCGCAGCAUCAGCACCACCGCCGGAGGGCCGUCGGGCCAAGCAGGACGGCCGGGAUCCAGGCAGCAGCAGCAGCAGACCUAGCGGCUCGUCCACCACUGAGGAGGUUCGAGUCGGACCAAGUUGCCUUAACCGACCUCCACUUCUCUCGGACAAACGACCGUAACAUCAUCAAAGCCUGCAGCUCUGACAGCUUCGUCAUGAUGAACCAGAGAUUCGAAGAGGAUAAACACUGAAGAGCCAUGACGUAGAACAGGAGGAGGAAGAUACAGGACAAAAAGGAUGUGAAUUAGACAUUUAAGAACCGUCUGUUUACCUGCUGGUGUGUUUUUUAAAAUUAAGGCAUCAGAAAGUGAAUCAAACCCGCUGCUGAUCUUUUUUCUAAUGACUGAGAUUGAAGUUCUAAAACAUUUCAACCCAGCAUCAGAAUCUCUUUUUCCAGCCAACGAUGUAGAAGAAGACGGUUCAUAAGCCGCUGUACAAGACGAGUGCGAUUGUCUUCUACCGACAGGGAAUUUUUCAAAAAGGGAUCAAACUGUUUCUUGCUUUUGUAAAAUCAAAGACUGACAGCGAAUACGAUUGUGUCACAGGAUUAAAAAGGGCAAAAACUACUGAGAAAAACAUCAACGAACAUCAAGAAACCUGAACGCUCUUCUGGAGCUUUGAGGUCCAGAAGUUUGAAUUAAAAAAAGGGUUCGGACACUCGGUCAAAGCUGGAUUCAGGGGAACCACAGGUGGAAUCGUUUUGGACUUUAGGAGCCGAACCAGAGCGAGAUUCCACCAUGACUCACCUCCACGCUGGUCUAAGCUCCGAGACAACGGAAAAGGCUCGACUAGAGCUGAACGAGAACCCGGAUACUCUUCAUCAGGACAUCCAGCAGGUUCGAGACAUGAUCGUGACGCGACCGGACAUCGGUUUCCUGCGAACGGACGACGACUUCAUCCUUCGCUUCCUCAGAGCCAGGAAGUUCGACCAGGUGGAGACCUUCAGACUGCUGGCCCAGUACUUCCAGUUCAGACAGCAGAACCUCGACAUGUUCCAGAGCUUCAAGGUGGACGAUCCCGGCAUUAAGCGAGCGUUGAUGGACGGUUUUCCAGGCGUCCUGGAGACUCCGGACCAACAGGGCAGAAAAAUCCUCAUCCUGUUUGCUUCUAACUGGGACCAGAGCAGGAACUCCUUCACCGACAUCCUGAGAGCCAUCCUGCUGUCUCUGGAGGUUCUCAUCGAGAACCCGGAGCUGCAGAUCAACGGCUUCAUCCUCAUCAUCGACUGGAGCAACUUCUCCUUCAAACAGGCCUCCAAGCUCACGCCCAACAUCCUGAAGCUGGCGAUAGAAGGCCUCCAGGACAGCUUCCCUGCGCGGUUUGGAGGAAUCCACUUUGUGAAUCAGCCGUGGUACAUCCAUGCCAUGUACACCAUCAUCAAACCCUUCCUCAAAGACAAGACCAGGAAAAGGAUCUUCCUCCACGGUAACAACCUGAACUCGCUCCACCAGCUCAUUCAGCCCGAGUGUUUGCCGUCGGAGUUUGGCGGGACGCUGCCGCCGUACGACAUGGGGAUCUGGGCGCGAACGCUGCUGGGACCCGACUACAACGACGAGACUGAGUACACGCUAACAUACGACGCCCUGCACGUCCGGGAGAACUGUGGAGGAGAUAAGGACCUGAUGAAGAGGUCUCAGUCAGCGGUGGAACCAGGAACUCUCCGGCAGACGGACCGGGAGACGAGCACACCGCUGCUGGCUCUGGACUAAACACACGACACACUUCUUGAAAACACACUUUAAGCCACAACCAGCACCAGCUGUGUGUUAAUCUGGUGGAUUUGUCCUUCUGUCCCGUUGACCUGACGGUGACCGAACCCACUGCACAGGACUCACACAGACAUCUGUACUUCUAUCUUUGUGAGGACCGUAAUUAGCAUAACGCAGCAUCCAGCAGAAUGAUAUCAUACUAGCUGUUAUUAAGGACUAAAGAAGAGUCCUGGGUCAUCAUGUUUAAAACCAACCAAAUCUGAAGAAGGUUCCCUGAGAACAGGCUGUUUUUUUAUCUUCAUUAACUAUAUUUAAUGAAGCCAUGCAAUAUUUUACCUUCAUACUAAGAAUAUUUUCAGAUGUAUUGGCCCUUUAAGUACAUAGAGGUGUUUAUGUAAUGGACUUUUCCAUCAUUUCUGAGCCCAGAACUUCAUCAGAACAGCAGAUUACAUUACACAACACAUUAAAAGUUGACACCAGAUCAGUUCUACAUCCGUCCAGGUGUCACAAUGUAAAGACUAAAUCCGGUUUUUGUUCAAUUCAGGAACAUUUGGACAGUUUUCAUGUCGUUCUGAACAAGUUUGUAACUAUUUUAGAUCAUUUUAAAUCAGGUUUUAGUUGAUUUUUUCAACACAAAAUUAAGAGUCAUUCUGGCCAAAUUUAGAGGAUUUUGGGGAAAAAAAUUGAGACUUUUAAAGACUAAAUCUGUUUUUGUUCAUGAUGAUUACACUAAUAAGUUAAACGUAACAAUAUAUUAAAUCAUUUGUGCAAGAGAGAGUAGAUACAAGUGGUUGGAGGUCAUUAAGCGUGACAGAAGUCUUUGUCAUGGUGCUCCUUUUCUAGCUAAAACCCUACAGCUUGCCAACACAGAACUACCUAUCUCCUUUGGUUGCUGCAGUAAUAAACAAUAAGAUCUAUUGGAGUUAUAAAACGUGCCAAAAAACAUUCAGUUUACAGGAGGUCCUCGACUUACAUCUGAGUUCCGUAUUUCCAUCGGUUUUCGCGGUAAGUUGGGACUCCAGUGAAAAUGUAAACAAAGCCGUUCCAUACAUCGCGAUAUCGAUCGGUUCUCCAGAAAAGUCAUGAAUUCAACGACUUUCAUACAUGUAUGAAUCAUUUCACAAGAAGAUAAUAGAAUGUGCUGACCUGUUUCUACAACUUGGUCUGAUAAUGCCGAGGUUCAUCGGUGUUUCUGUUCCCAGUGUUUUAUUCUCACUUCCAUGGAGACGGCUUUCCUUUUCUUCCAAACAUCAGAAGAGUCUGAUUUAUGUUUGGAGCCAUAAUGAAGGACAAAAGGUUCGUGAAUGCAGCACAAUCCAAGGUGGAGUACAACCGGAGAAUGGAAACAAAGCGGUCUGAUAGUGCCACGUGACGACGUAUUCAUCCGCUCUGCUCGUCAACUAGUUCCACGUAACCAGUCCCGACGAACGCUGUAAGUCGAGGACCCCCUGUUCUGUAGAUAAACCCAAGAACAUUCACCAUCAAUUCAGUUAAUUGCUGCAGCAUCACAUAAAACAGUUUCGUUUUUAUUGUGUUUGAGCGUGCAGUAAAAUGAACAAUCAGGUUGGAAAACACAGAAGAUGUCCUCACAAACCUAGAAGUACAACACACGCACACACACACACAGUCUGUCCUGAGUGUGAGCCGCCUAAUUCCUCCCAGCUGAGCAUCUCCGCAGCCAAACAUCUGUCCAGAUGUCCACAGCAGCAGCAGCAACAACAACACACUCCUGAGUUUCUAGUGCUGACCACAUUUAAACACAACGGCCGAAGAUCAAACUUUAUUUAAAAACCUCAGUACAACAAAACAAUCAUGUCUGUAAUGGAGAACCGUGGUAGAGCGGGUUGCACCAACGAGGAUUCAGUUUAAACAAAGGUUGCUCCUUUUUAAUCUGAAAAUAACACAACUUUAACUGGAUUUGGUGUUUUUUACUUGUCCACAAGGGGCACCACUGAGCUCUAAGACUUUCCCAUAAUUCCUCUGAGGGGGUGGAGCAUUGUUUAAAAGGAGUCAGUCAGUUAGCAUUUAGCAUCUGUAGCGAGUCCAUUGAUGUGCAGAAAAACUUCACCGAUUAAGAAGGAUGCUGAUAAGCUAAAAACAGGACGAUUUUUAAGCGACUUCUGCAGGUUUCUAAACAAGUUUACUCCUUUUUAUUCCCACUGAACGUCACCAUAAUGGCGUCAUCGAGAAGUUUAAACCACACGGAGGCUAAAUAUUUGUGUAUUGCUUCUGUUUGUUUGGAUUUGGUAAAGUUACAACUCGGAAAAGAAGUGAUUUUUCACAGAAGUUGCGUAGGUUUUGUGUUUGAAAUUGUUUACCAAGAACAGAAAAGCAACAAAGAAAUGUUUUACCUCAGAUUUUGGACAAUUUGUUGACAUUUUAAGAUGUUAUCUUUGACUCAGAGGGGAAUUAAGUGGACAAUCACAAAUACAUUCGGCGAUAAUUUAAGAAAAGUUGCUGUUUGUAGUAAAAGCACUGUUUAUUUACUGCUAGCUAACAUUUUUAAUAAGGUGUUUCUCAGUUAAAACUCAUUUUCCUCUUUAGUAGCUGGGUUAGCAUUUAGCAGCUAAAGGGCCCAGUAUUUCCUUUGGGAGGUGGUGGAGACCAAAAAUGGAGUCAAAAGAGAGGAAAUGUUGGGCUUUAAUUCUUGCAGCUUGAUGCACUGCUCCCUAGUGGCCAAAUUAACAAUAAAGUAGGUGUAAAUCUGAGUUUAAACAUCGUCCUCUUUGGUGAAACCCAACCUUAAAAUGUUUGAAUGUCUAAAAAACAAACUGUUACCUAAUUAGCCAAAUCUUUUUGUAACUUUUGAAGAUUCUUGAUAACAGAGGAAUGGAACAACGAGCCAGAGAAGGAAACAAAGACGAGGAAGAAAAAAGCUUCACUUUGGCAGAAAUGAUUUCAACUGUUUUCUUUCCUUCAGGCACAACAAACUCACCGACGUUGCACAAGUAUUUGAAAAGUAAAAAAAACAAAUAAAAACAGCACGGUGUUUGUCGCCACAAACACUCAUAGAGCAUGGGGAUGUGGGGAAGUCGUUCUACCAGCGAAAACCAGCUGUGAAGAAACCUCCGGAUGCCAAACUCUCACCUUCAACCUCCAGCAGCGAACAAGCAAAGAUUGUUUUUAUCGACUCACUCAUCUGAAGAUUGUAUAUUAUCGUUACUCGUAUUACUGCGCUGCAGAAACACUACAGAAGAACCUGGGCGGACAUAUUUAAAGUCAUUUCCUGCGACAGGUUUGGGUUUAUGGUGCAGGUUGAUGAUUGGACGGAUUUUUGUUUCAUCAUCAGGGCUACACUCAGCUGAUCUCCACUCAACUGUAAUGUAUUUCCUUUCAAUGAAUGUAAAGAAGUAAACAUUUACACCAAA